CACCAGUGUAUUCAAUUCCGCAGAACUGGCUACGUCACAACGUUUCCAAGCCCCGCUGCCGCCUGCCGAUGGACUCAAGCACCCGAGCGCUGCUCCAGACUGUGACGCAGUACUGGAAGGGUUUCGACCUGGAUAGCAAGCGUGUCAUGUUAGAUGCGCAAGGCGUGUCGAUGCAAGAGCAGAAGGAACAUAGCGUAAAAUCCCGAAAAACGCUCGCAGAACAUACCAAGAGAUUCCGAAAGCUUGCCGACGCCGACAAGGUCGCAGCGAUACCGUCGCUCCUCAAGGCGUACCAAGAAGAAAUCGACACACUGACCAAGCGCGCUAAGUACAGCGACAACGCGUUCUUUGCCCUGUACAAGGUAUUGUACGAAGCACCGGACCCCGUUCCCGCGCUGGACGCCGCACUUCUCCUCGACUCGUCGAUUCCGGCCGCUGUUCCCUCCACGUCGUCAUCGGAUAAAGUCGCGUCCACCGACCUCGUAGCAAAAUUGCGUCGCGAACUGGCAUCGUACGAAGCGGAAUUUGCAUCGCUGAAGAACCAAGACAUCACGAUCCGAAACCUCGAGGCCAAGUUGGCUGCUAUGGAGGACAAUAUGGAGCGACAAGUGGAAAUUAAAGUCCAAGCUCGAUGCCGCGACGUUGAGAACACACUGCGAGCCCGCGAAGCGGACUUGGCACUCUAUCAGCAACAAGCAGACAGAACCGUCAUGCAAGCCCGAGAAGCUCGCGACGAUGCCCUGGCGCAGCUUGACCUCAUGCGUUCCGAGUUAUUGCACGUCAAGCAGCAAGCCGACCACGUCUUGGCGACUCAGUCAAGUGAGACACAGAGUCUGCUCAAUGACCUCAAUCGGUGCCAUGGCAUUGAGCUGGAGAACCAGCGCCUUCGAGAUCAGUUGCGAAGUUUGAGCUCUUCGGAUUUUGCCGCAUCACAGUCGUUCCAGCACCAUUCCGCAGCAGUGCCCUCGAUGCAAUUGGAACUCGAAAUCGCGCAGAAGGAAGCCGCGCUCGCCCAGACCCGACGUGAUGUCGAACGACUACAAGAGGCGUUGACUGGUCAAACAAACUUGUGGAAAGCUGAAGUCGCCGCGCUCCAAGCACAAGUCGACGAACUCAGCCAGCGACCGACAGUGGAAGCGUACGAGGCGGCCGUCGCACUUCAGGCAAAGCCCACCGUCCAUAACCAGUCGUCGAGUUCGCGGUAUGCACAGCAAUCCCACCAGCAACAAGUGGCUGGCUUGGCCGCGGCGGAAUUGCCUUCGAUCGACAAUUUAAAAGUGAUCGAGGAGUUGCAAACCCAGGUGACGUCGCAGCGCCAAACCUACGAGGCGACCGUACGACAACUGACGACUCAACUGGAUGCUGCGAAUGGCACAGUCCAGCGCCAGGCGGGUGUGAUCUCCCAGCUCGAAGCAACUCUCGACAAGGCCGCGACUGAUCCUGCGGGAUCGUCUAUUUUGGGCGAUGUAUUGGGCGAAGAGGUAUUUAGCAACGGCGACAAGGAAUCCAAGUUGCUCUCCAUCAUGCGGCAGCAACGAGAUCGACUCAAGGAAAAAUUGAAAGACGUCGAGGCCGACUUGCAUGCGACUGGAGCCGCCAAGCAAGCGAUGGCGACCCGCCUGCGCCAGUUGGAAGUCGAAAACGUGGAUCUCGUCCAAAAGAUGCGGUAUGUCGCAAGCGCAGCCAAACCCACGACCGACCUCGAAACUGGUGGGACCAAGUAUUCCACGCUGUACGAAGAACGCAUGAACCCGUUUGACCAGUUCAAGCAAAUGGAGAGCGCUGCCCGCGUCGCGCAACUCAAUCCCCUGGACAAGAUCUUGCUCGUGAGCGCGCGGUUGAUUCUCAGCCAUCCAUUCACGCGCAUGGGACUACUCGUUUACCUCUUUGUCCUCCACUCCCUCGUCGUCGGCACGCUGACCAUGUCGAUGCAUUUGUGUAAUGUGAGCAAUCACACGUGAUUUGAUUGGUUGGA